AUGAGCUUCGUUCAAGAGAAAAAUGACGAUCAAUCGAAGAAAGAAAAUUUGUUCAAUCUUCUUAGUCCAUUACCGGUUCUUCAUGUAGCUCUUCUGAUUCGUUUAUCAUUAAUUGAUCGUCAUCUUCCAACGAAUUUUCCUUCAAUUACAUUUAGUUUAGUGGUUUCUGAAUCAAUAAUUCAGUUUCAACAACACCUUGCGGUAUACCUAUCUUCAUAUUCACCAUCUCUGUCGUAUUUAAAAGUUGUUGAUAUGUUCGAUGGACGUCUUUUUGCUUUCACUAUCAAUCAAGUUAAACAAUCAUCAUCAAAGAUUCAAUUUGAUUCAAACACAAUGGAUAUUAUCAAAGAAGGCUUAAGCUUAUUAGAAAUUUCAAUGCAUGAAAACCUAUUCUACAAUAUAGUAGACCAAUUAAUUCAAUUGAACCAUAUUGUAUUCUCAACAUCAACAGCAUCUGAUAACCAACCAGUGCCCAUUGAGAACAUGCGAAUUUCAAAAAUAUCGAAUCCAUUCAUUGAUACUUAUUUAGCACCAACACUUUCAACAAAUCAUCAAUGGACAUUUGACUUUCUCGACCCAGACGACAGAUUUUUAGCUCGUUAUCAAGGUAUAGUUAUUUUUUUAUUUUGUUUUAAUCUAUGA